GGAGCAACAAAAGUACAAGACCCAACCACUCCAACUUUCGGUAGCCGCUGGAGGAACUGGAAAGGCUUUCCGCGAUUUGCGAAAGACAUACAAGUUCAAUUUUUGAAGCGAUUCGGCUCAAAGAUAAUCCAUGGCUCACAAUCCUUCACAGCUUCUCCCUUCAGAGCUGAUAGAUCGAUGCAUAGGUUCGAAGAUAUGGGUGAUAAUGAAAGGCGAUAAGGAACUCGUUGGAACUCUCAAGGGUUUCGACGUCUAUGUCAACAUGGUUCUGGAAGACGUCACUGAAUAUGAAAUUACACCUGAAGGACGUCGGAUAACAAAACUUGACCAGAUUUUGCUCAAUGGAAAUAACAUAGCAAUCCUGGUACCAGGUGGUUCUCCGGAUCCAGAAUAGGGUGAGACCGAGUUACAAGAAGUGGUGGUCAAACGGAGAAUAGGGGUAACCCCGACUCAUUAAAUAGGUAUGUUGAAGGAUGGGAUGCUUUUCUAAACCCAUCUGGGAUUCAAGGCAGGUUUUAGGGUGCAGCUCAAAAUCUUGCUUAGAAACAUUUGUAUUUUAUUAAUAUUGUUUUUGUUUUUUGUUGUCUCCAUUUGGUUUUGAUCAGGGUGUUAUUAAACUGACAUUAGUAAUUCUAAUUCUUAGUUGUAUGUCAAAAUAUGUGCUAAAAGGC